AUGGAGGGUGCUACUGAUGGAGGAAAAAAUCUGCUUCUAUUCCUGUUUUGCCUUCUUCUUCUUCUUCUUACAGGGUCCAUUGCAGAAGGUUUAUCCUAUGACUAUUCGGCAAGCAUUGAGUGUCUAGUAGAACCUCACAGACCUCAAUACGAAGGAGGUAUCAUUGUUAACCCAGAGUUCAAUCAUGGUUUGAGAGGAUGGUCUAUCUUUGGGAGUGCAAAGAUUGAACAAAGAGUGUCAGAAGGAGGCAACAGCUUCAUCGUCGCUCAUAGCAGGAAACAACCACAUGAUAGUAUCUCACAGAAGUUUUACUUGCGCAAGGGGAAUCUUUACACCUUAUCUGCAUGGAUACAAGUGAGUCAAGGAAAAGUACCAGUGAGAGCUGUUUUCAAAACAAAAACUGGUUAUAAACAUGCUGGUGCAGUCAUAACCGAGUCUGGCUGCUGGUCCAUGCUUAAAGGUGGCCUAACUGCUAACUCUUCAGGCCCGGCUGAACUCUAUUUUGAGAGCGAAAACAAAACGGUGGAUAUAUGGGUAGACAGUGUCUCGUUACAACCAUUUACCAUUGAGCAGUGGAGAGCUCACCAAGAGCAAAGCAUUGAGAAGACACGUAAAAGGAAGGUGAAAUUUCAAGCGGUUGACUCAUCUGGAAAAACCUUAACCGGUGCCCAAAUCUCCAUUCAUCUGAAAAAGCCAAGCUUCCCAUUUGGUGCUGCCAUUGCUCAGACUAUCCUCCACAAUCCUACGUAUCAGAAAUGGUUCACGUCCAGGUUCACGGUGACCACCUUCGAAAACGAGAUGAAGUGGUACAGCACAGAGAACUCUCCCGGCAAGGAAAACUACUCGGUAGCUGAUGCCAUGCUCCAAUUUACCAGAAAGAACGGAAUCAGAGUGCGAGGCCACAAUGUCUUCUGGGAUGAUCCCAAAUAUCAACCAUGGUGGGUACCCAAGCUAUCGUAUAGCCAACUCAAUCAGGCCGCAUGGAAGAGGAUCAACUCCAUUAUGUCAAGAUACAAAGGGCAGGUUAUUGCAUGGGAUGUUGUUAAUGAGAACCUCCAUUUUUCCUUCUUCGAGGAUAGGUUGGGUCGGAACGCAUCAGCAGCUUUCUAUAAGAAGGCACACCAGCUCGAUGACAGAGCAAUCAUGUUUUUGAAUGAGUACAAUACAAUAGAAGACAGCAGGGACGGGACGUCGUCACCCGCCAAGUACAUUCAGAAACUGAAGGAAAUUCAGUCCUACGCAGGGGGAAGGAUCCCACUAGGAAUCGGGCUCCAGGGCCAUUUCAAUACCCCAGAUAUUGCUUACAUGAGAUCUGCUCUUGAUACUCUUGCCGCUACAAAGCUGCCCAUUUGGAUCACAGAGUUGGAUGUGGAGGGCGGCCCAAAUCAGGCAAAAUACUUGGAAGAAAUCCUGAGAGAGGCACACUCUCACCCUGCCAUAAAGGGGAUCGUCAUCUGGGGGGCAUGGCCGUACCCAGAGCAGUGUCGCCGAAUGUGUUUGACGGAUAACAAUUUUAAAAAUCUUCCCACAGGCAAUGUUGUGGACAAGCUGAUAGGUGAGUGGACUCAUGCAUCCUUGGCCGGCUUGACGGACAGCAAUGGCUACUUCGAGACCUCGCUCUUCCAUGGGGAUUAUGUUGUAACUAUUACUCAUCCCUCCAUGAAUUCCUCUUUGGUUCAAAGCUUCAAGGUGACAACUCCUGGAGUUUCUCAAGAAACAAUGCUCGACGUUAAAAUCUAG